CUCCCCCUAUCUUUCCCUCCGUCCAUCCCUCGUUCCAUCCCUCUCUCAGUCUCGCUCUCCCAGCUCAGGAUGACAGGCGGCAGUGGCGGUGGAUCGGCUCGUUAGUGCGCUCGGACCAGGAUAUUUCUUUUUUUUAUUUCUCAGGUGCGCUCUAAUUUGGUGAGCUCCAGGACUCGGAGGAUCAGGGGGAGGGGAGGGGGGAUUCCAUGAUGGGGUCCAGCUUAUCAUCAUCACCAUCACCCUCGGCAGCAGCGACAUCAUCAUCAUCAGCGCCCCUAGACUUUACUUUGUUCUCCGCUGCGCACCAGGAGAGCGCACUGAAAUAAAACAAUACUUACCUAAAAUAAAACUCAUCGCCUUCCGACGAGGGAAACUUUUUCUUUUUAAUUAGACUCUAAGGGGAUUUGGAAUGGAGAUCCCAACUUUUCUGCUGUCCGGUCUUGCUAUGCUCUUCUUCGGAGGGGAUAUUUUCAGCAGGGCCAUGCUGAGUGACAUUGGGGACUAUGUAGGUACAGACAUUGAAAUAUCCUGGUUACCUAACCUGGAUGAAUUAAUGAAAGGCUAUGCCAGAAAUUUUCGCCCUGGGAUAGGAGGUCCACCAGUGAAUGUGGCCAUGGCUAUUGAAGUGGCUAGCAUCGACCACAUCUCUGAAGCCAACAUGGAAUACACCAUGACCGUGUUUUUGCGGCAGAGCUGGCACGACGAUCGCCUUUCCUACAAUCACACCAACAAAACUCUGGGACUGGACAGCCGGUUUGUGGACAAGCUGUGGCUACCUGACACGUUCAUCGUUAAUGCCAAAUCUGCCUGGUUCCAUGACGUGACGGUGGAGAACAAGCUGAUCCGCCUGCAGCCCAAUGGUGUCAUUCUGUACAGCAGCCGAAUCACUUCAACGGCAGCGUGUGACAUGGAUCUAACCAAGUAUCCCAUGGAUGAACAGGAAUGUAUGCUGGACUUAGAAAGCUAUGGUUACUCCUCAGAGGACAUUGUGUAUCACUGGUCAGACAGUCAAAAGCACAUUCAUGGUUUGGACAAACUGGAGCUCUCCCAGUUCACCAUCACAGACUACCGCUUUGUCACAGAAAUUAUGAACUUCAAAUCCGCGGGACGGUUUCCAAGGCUCAGCCUUCGCUUCCAGCUGAGACGUAAUAGAGGUGUCUACAUCAUCCAGUCAUAUAUGCCUUCUAUACUGCUGGUUGCAAUGUCUUGGGUGUCCUUUUGGAUCAGCCAAUCAGCUGUUCCAGCUCGAGUAACCCUGGGAAUCACAACAGUUCUCACCAUGACUACCCUGAUGGUAAGCGCUCGCUCCUCCUUGCCUCGGGCAUCAGCCAUCAAGGCUCUGGACGUCUACUUCUGGAUCUGUUAUGUGUUUGUGUUUGCGGCCCUCAUUGAAUAUGCCUUCGCUCACUACAACGCUGACUACCGGCUCAAAGAGAAGGCCAAGGUGAAGGCAAACAAGCUCAGCUCUGAGUCCAUAGUAAAGAAUGGCAAGCAGGCUAUGGUUCUGUUUUCCCUGUCGGUUACCGGGAUGAAUCAGGGCGUCGUCAUUUCCAACCGCCAGGGCCGAACGCAGCGCUCUGGCAGUGAAAUCCCGGGGGAGGGCAGAACGGGGGAGCCCGAGCCAAGCAGGAGAAGAUCCAGGCCUACAGAGGAGAGCAAGGAGGACAAAAAGUGUUGCUCCAAGUGCGUCUGCAAGCCCAUUGACGCAGACACCAUCGACAUCUAUGCCAGGGCAGUGUUCCCUUUCACUUUCGCCGUGGUGAAUGUGAUUUACUGGGUGGCAUAUACGAUGUGAGGAAGAAGCAGCAGAGUCAGGGCUGCAAUCGGAUGCUGUACAUAGGAAACUGCUGGAGAUGUGACAUUAAAAUGCUGGCAGACUGUGCAGCUGACCUAUACUCCAGGCUUCAGUACGAAGGAAACUUCAAAUAAAAUGAAGUGUAUACUGUAAGAGCCUGAGAAUAUAGACAUAUUGUACUUAAUGGGAGUAGUUAAGAGUUUAAAAUGUUAGAAGAACAUAAAUAUAUUUCAUUAAAAAACUGCUAAGGAUGUCUAAAGGCACAUUACUUAGUUGCCUGUUGGAGGUUCACAUACAUAUUUAGAUUUGCAUCCUGUUAAAUAAACACCACUAAAACAUAUUGUCUCUCAAAUACAUUUACAGACCAUAAACGUUCCUCCAAACAGUCAUAGUUUCCCUAUCUCUCUUUCAUGAGCUGCCUGCUAUUUCAAAAACCAAAACACCUCUUAGGCAAGAGAAGGACAAGAUGAGGUGUACCGCUAUUCUGCAUGGCUGAUAAUUCAUUCCCACUCCUCCCCCACCAACACCAAGCCCCCUUUUCUCUUUCUAUCUCCCCUGUCCCUCCACCAAUUUCUUUUUUAGUUCAUUUUCACGUUUAGGACACAGUCUGGAGUGUCUUAUCUCCUCCUGCCAGUUCUGCCUGUUUCCUUGUUAUUAAAGGACAUCCAUCACUA